AUGGUCGCGCGUGGGGAGAGGACCCAGGCUGGGCGCAGCGCAUCCUGUGCCAGGCGGGGUCCCGCUGGGCCUGCCUGGGGCCCGGGCAGGCCUGCCUUCGCUUUGGGGGGUGCCCCGGGGGCUGGCCGGCUGCGGGGCGAACCUGAGCCGGGCGAGCAGGCCCCACCCCGGGAGGCGUGCCGCGGGCGUGUCCGGGCCGCGGCGUGGGCGUGGCGUGGGAGGCCCUUUUUUCUAGGCGGCGGGCGAGCGGGCGAGCGGCCGCAGAGGCUUGGGGGCAGCCGGGCUGCGAGGAGGCCGCGGCGCGGGGGGCCGACGGCAGCAGCGCCCACCGCCACCCGGGCCGGGCCGCCUGCGGACGCGGUGGAGGGGAUCGGGGCUCGCAGCGGCGCCCUGAAACUUUUCGCGCAACUUCUGGGCUGUUCCCGCGCCGGAGGAGCCGUGGUCCGCGCCGAGGCGGCCGAGCCGAGCGGAGCCGGGGCCAGCGGCAGCGGCGCUCGGUCGGGCCGCGAGGAGCCGCCGCCGGCGGAGCAGGGAGAAGGAGAGGAGGGAGAAGAGGAGGAGGAGGAGGAGGAGGAGGAAGCGGCGCGGGAGCCCAGGACGCCGGGCUCAUGGACGGCUGAGCCGGCCCACUUUGCAGACCGUGCUCCACCCGCGCUCCAGGCCCCGGCCCGGGCCUCGGCUCCGGGAGGCGCAGAAGGAGACAGCGGGCCGCCCCGCAGCCAGAGCCGCAGCCGGAGAGGGAGCGCGCCCCGCGCGGGCCCCGGCCGGGCCUCCGAAACCAUGAACUUUCUGCUCUCCUGGGUGCAUUGGAGCCUCGCCUUGCUGCUGUAUCUGCACCACGCCAAGUGGUCCCAGGCUGCGCCCAUGACAGAGGAGGGAGAGCAGAAACCCCACGAAGUGGUGAAGUUCAUGGAUGUCUACCAGCGCAGCUACUGCCGGCCCAUCGAGACCCUGGUGGACAUCUUCCAGGAGUACCCCGACGAGAUUGAGUACAUCUUCAAGCCGUCCUGUGUGCCGCUGAUGCGCUGUGGGGGCUGUUGCAAUGAUGAGGGUCUCGAGUGUGUGCCCACCGAGGAGUUCAACAUCACCAUGCAGAUUAUGAGGAUCAAACCUCACCAAAGCCAGCACAUAGGAGAGAUGAGCUUCCUCCAGCACAGCAAAUGUGAAUGCAGACCAAAGAAAGAUCGAGCAAGGCAAGAAAAAAAAUCAGUUCGAGGAAAGGGAAAGGGGCAAAAAAGAAAGCGCAAGAAAUCCCGGUAUAAAUCCUGGAGCGUUCCCUGUGGGCCUUGCUCAGAGCGGAGAAAGCAUUUGUUUGUACAAGAUCCGCAGACGUGUAAAUGUUCCUGCAAAAACACAGACUCGCGUUGCAAGGCGAGGCAGCUUGAGUUAAACGAACGUACUUGCAGAUGUGACAAGCCGAGGCGGUGAGCCGGGCUAGACGAAGGAGCCUCCCUGAGGGUUGCGGGAAACUUGACUCUGACCAGGAAAGACAGACUCAGAAAGCCUGACAGAACCAUACCGCUGCCACCACCAACCACCCCACCAUGACCAUCGCCAGAACAACCCUAAAUCCAGAAACGGAAAUGAAGGAUGACGAGGCUGCGCAGAGCACUUUGGGGCUGGAGCCGAGACUCCGGCAGAAACAUUCCCGGGCGGGUGACCCAGCACGGUUUCUCUUGGAAGUGGAUUGCCAUUUUAUUUUUCUUGCUGCUAAAUCACCGAGCCCGGAAGAUUAGAAAGUUUUAUUUCUGGGAUUCCUGUAGACACACCCACCCACAUACCUACGUUUAUAUAUAUAUAUAUAUCUCAUAUAUAUAUAUAAAAAUAAAUAUAUAUAUAUUUUAUACAUAUAUAAAAUAUAUAUAUUCUUUUUUUUUAAAUUAACAUUGUAAUGUUAUUGGUGUCUUCACUGGAUGUAUUUGACUGCUGUGGACUUGCGUGAGGAAGGGACUGUCCCUACGCAGACCCCGACAGGGUGGAGGCCGGGAGGAAAGACUUGGGAGCACUGGGUUCUUUUCCCUGCCCAGAGCACGUGAGGCCAGGACCUGGGGGCAAAUUUGUCCCACUAUGGGGAACAUGUGACAAACCUAGGCCUGGCUCUGAGCCUCUGGCCCUGAGUCCAAUGGACAGAAAGAUGGAAGGUGCAGGAAAAGGAUGCUGACCCUGGCCGGGAGUUUGGGGAGCUUCGGGACUCUUCUAUGCUCGGGGGAUCCCCUGCACAUUCUGCAUGAGCGUCUUGCACCCAGGGGCUGUGCCUGGAAGAUUCAGGAACGUGGGCGGCCUUCACCUGCUCUUCUGCUUCUCAGAGGCCCAGGAAGCUGCUGACGGACAGUUGUCCCGGUGGAGAGAGACACUGGGGUUUGGGGGGGCUUGGGAGGCCUUUGCCCGGGCCUUCUCCCUCCUCCCCUUCCUGGGGCAGCCCAGGAGGUCCCACUGUUCUCAGACCAUUGAAGCCACUAGUUCUGUCCCCCCCACAGGAGACCUGGCUACGUGUGUGAGUGGUUAGUCCUCCCCCUUCCCAACCCCUCCCCACCUUUCCCGUGGCACCGAGGCGAGGCACCCGCUUGCCUUCACGGAGGCAGAGAAAAGAGAAAGUGUUUUAUAUAUGGUACUUAUUUAAUAUCCCUUUUUAAUUAGAAAUUAAAACAGUUAAUUUAAUUAAAGAGUAGGGUUUUUUCAGUAUUCUUGGUUAAUAUUUAAUUUCAACUAUUUAUGAGAUGUAUCUCUCUCUCGCUCUUUUUCUGCUCUCUCUUAUUUGUACUGGUCUCUGUGUAUGAAAUUCAUGUUUCAAUCGAUCUCUGAUCGGCGACAGCCACUAGCUUGUCCUGAACAGAUAUUUAAUUUGCUAACUAACACUCAGCUCUGCCCUCCCCUUUGCCCCAGUUCCCCGCCACACAUUCCUUCGAAAUAAGGUUUCAAUAUACAUCUACAUACUAUAUAUAUAUAUUUGGCAACUUGUGUUUGUAUAUAUAUAUAUAUAAAUAUAUAUAUGUUUGUGUAUAUAUGUGAUUCUGAUAAAUAGACAUUGCUAUUCUGUUUUUUAUAUGUAAAAACAAACCAGAAAAAAAUAGAGAACUCUACAUACUAAAUCUCUCUCCUUUUUUAAUUUUAAUAUUUGUUAUCAUUUAUUUAUUGGUGCUACUGUUUAUCCGUAAUAAUUGUGGGGGGGGGAAGAUAUUAACAUCACAUCUUUGUCUCUAGUGCAGUUUUCGAGAUAUUCUGUAGUACAUAUUUAUUUUUAAACAACAGCAAAGAAAUACAGAUAUAUCUUAAAAAGCAUUUUGUAUUAAAGAAUUUAAUUCUGAUCUCAAAGCUC